AUGAAGAGAGUAAGGGAUGAGGCUCCUCCAAAGAAAACGGUUGAAUUUGAAGAAGCUAUUAGUUUUGUGAACAAGAUAAAGAAACGAUUCCAAAGUGAUGAGCAUGUUUACAAAUCGUUCUUGAACAUUUCCAAUAUGUACCGCAAAGAGCAUAAGGACAUAGGUGAAAUUUAUAGUGAGGUUGCUACCCUGUUUAAGGAUCAUCGAGAUUUGCUUGAGGAGUUCACUAGAUUCUUACCAGAUAGUUUCGCAGCACCUUCUACACAGCAUGCUCCGGAUGCUCGAAAUUCAUUGCAGCGCUUUAGUGAGCGGAGUUCUAUGGCACCCAUGAUGCGGCAAAUGCAAGUAUAUCGACGAAAGAGGCUUCCUUCUCAUGAUCGUGAGCGUGAUCUGAGUGUUGAACACCCUGAGAUGGAUGAUGACAACACAAUGAUGAACAUGCACAAGAAGCGGAGGAAACGUGAGAGUAAGGAUAUGAGGAUUAAUCGUGAUCAGGAUGAGAGAGAACCUGAUAAUAAUAACAGCAGGGAUUUGAACUUGCAGCGCUUUCAUGAGAAAAAGAAAUCUGUCAAGAAAGCUGAAGGUUUUGGGUUGGCUUCAGACUUUUCUUCUAAGGAAGACAAGGAUACCUUAAAGAACAUGUAUAGUCAAGCAUUCAGUUUCUUUGAGAAAGUUAAGGAGAAGUUGAACAGUGCUGAUGACUACCAAGCUUUCUUGAAGUGCCUUCAUAAUUUUUUCGUCAGUGAAAUAAUAAAAAGGAAUGAAUUGCAAAAUUUGGUAACCGAUUUACUUGGAAAGCAUCUUGAUCUUAUGGUGGAAUUCAAUGAUUUCCUGGAGUGUUUGGAAAAUAUUGAUGGGUUCCUUGCUGGUGUCAUGAGUAAAAAGUCACUAAGAUCAUCAAAGUUGGAGGACAAAGACAAAGACAAAGAGCAGAAGCGUGAGAUGGAUGGAGCUAAAGAGAAGGAAAGAUACAGGGAGAAGGAGUACAUGGGAAAAUCCAUUCAAGAACUUGACCUCAGUGACUGUAAACGUUGCACUCCCAGCUACCGGCUUCUACCUGCUGAUUAUCCAAUUCCUACAGCUAGUCAGAGAUCUGAGCUUGGUGCUCAAGUAUUGAAUGAUCACUGGGUAUCUGUGAGUUCAGGAAGUGAGGAUUACUCUUCCGAACAUAUGUGCAGGAAUCAGUACGAAGAGAGCUUGUUCAGAUGUGAAGAUGACAGAUUUGAGCUGGACAUGUUAUUAGAGUCUGUGAGUUCUGCAGCUAAACGUGCAGAGGAAUUAUAUAAUAACAUGAAUGAAAAUAAGAUCAAUAUGGAGACUCUGAACCGUAUUGAAGAUUACUUUACUGUUCAAAAUUUAAGGUGCAUUGAACGUCUAUAUGGUGACCAUGGUCUUGACGUUAUAGACAUAUUGCGUAAAAACCCAACUCGUGCGCUCCCUGUAAUAUUGACUCGACUGAAGCAGAAACAGGAGGAAUGGAGUCGGUGUCGUUCAGAUUUCAAUAAAGUUUGGGCUGAAAUUUAUUCUAAAAAUCACUUAAAGUGAAGCAGCAGAAAGAGGAUGAUAUUCUUCAGUCUACUAUUGCAGCUGGAAACAAAUUAGUUCGGUAUUCAUGUGAUAUGAGAGUAUGAAUGAGGCUGAUGGUAGAGUAACUGAGGUAAAGAAUGUUCACCGGACUAGUGUAGCAGCCAGUGAUAAAGAAAAUGGAUUAUUUUUUGGAAGCUUCACAAGCUUCCACAAGCAGCCAGUGAUUUUGGUUUUUCUGUUUAUGUUUACUCACUUCAAUUCUUUUUCAUUACUGGUUUAAUGAAUUUUAUUCAAGGUUAAAAUAAUAAUAAUUAAAAUUGGUUCUUUUUCACUUCAAUUCUUUUUCACUUCGGUAUACGGGGUUCUAUUAUUUUUGUCACUUCAACCUUUGAACCGGAAAGAACAAACUCAAAAAUUGAGUUUUUUGAUCUAUCUACAAAUGUUAUUAUUUGUUUGUUUUAUAAAUCAAUAUGUAAAAAGUUCGAGUAAUAAGGGACUCGAUUAUAUUUAAGUGAAGUCUUAAUUGUGAAAACGAAAAAACAGACAUUAAGAGAAUAUUGUUCCUUUGAGUAAGUUCACUCGACUCAACUCGAAAUAAUUGAAAUUCAAUGUAUUUUUUAAAUACUAAGAGUUUCUGGAAGAAAAAAAGUUGCGGGUUUUUUUCUACCAAUUGGGGCCCUCCCUUCACCACCCCUUUGUUUUAUAAAGAACAAUGGACUAUCAAGCCUCUCAGUUGGGGCGGUUAUAUUUAUUAUAUUUUAGACGUACCACCCUUACUAUCUAAUUAUUUAUCAAAGUCGAAAUCAGCAAUAGUUUUUUUUUUCUUUCUAUUUUUUUAUUAUUGAUUUCAAAUUGAUAUAACAAUAACCAAUCAAAUAAUAAGAGUGAUAAGUCUAAAAUAAUAAUAAAUAUAACUUUCUCCGCUUCUCAAUUCGCUAUAACCUUUUUUUC